UGAGUUGUUUCAGUAUUUUGAAUCCUUUUGACUUUCAAGCUUGGAUGGAUUCCGGUCGAUGAUCAACAGUCAUAUAAUUAUGGAUCAAAGUACAGAUGAUGAUGUCAUGGACACCUCUCCAGAAUCAUAUGGAGAUUCAGAUGAUGUCAUGGACAUUUCUUCAGUGUCACACAGAAAUCCAAAUGAUAUCAAUCUUCCAGUGACGCAUCAAUAUACAGAAGAUGUCAUGGACAGUCCUCAUGAAACAGAUCAAGAAGCAGAUGAUGUCUUGGCUCCUUCUCCAGCGACACAUCAAACCCCAGAUAACGUGAUGGACAAUCUUCCAGUGAUACAUGAUGAAGAAUAUACAGAAAACCUAAACAAAGACAAUUAUGACCCUUUUGUGACAGACUUAACCGCUAAAAUAGAAUUUCAGAUGCAAUCAACUUCAGUUCUUUUCACAUCACAUGAUCAAGACCUUGGUGUAAAGUCUCUUGGAACCUCAAAUAAAGCACAUGGAGAAUACAAGGAUAAUGUGAAACCAGUAGAUGAAGGGAGUAACCCGAAACCUGAUGGUAAUGCAAACGUAGCACAUGUGUGCUCAGGCUUUGAUGAUUCAUCUCACAACAACACAGAUGCAGAAACAGUAAGCAUCGAUGACACUAAUGCACAGACUUUGGGGAGCCUGGUCCAAACUGAUAAAGGAGACAAACAAAAGCUAGGUGCACAGCAACUCAUUGAGAGGCUUCAUCUUGAAGGCAAACUGAGAACUGUAGAUUUCCUUAAGCCAAUUGUACAAUCACAGUCCCAAGAGUUUUGUGCAGAAGAGCAGCUGGCUCCAGUUUUUCUACAGAAAUUGAUGAUGAUGGACUACAGAGCAAGAUACCUUCAGAUUAUAGAGAAUAAUGAACAACACACACAACAAAGGAACAAUGACUCAUCUGAAGAUGAUGCUGAUGCCUAUGAUAAUAUUUUUGGAGAAACUGCUAAACCCUCAGAUGAAACAAACAAAUUAGAUGCAGUCCACUUAAUGGAUGUUCAGAUGGCUGUGUUUCAUUGUGCUGAUAGUUUCCUAAAGCAGCUUAUGGUGACUAAACUCUCACAGUGUCAGUAUGCUCUGCCUCUGCUUGUACCAAAUCCAUUCACACAACAGAUUGAGUUCCCACUCUGGACAUUUCGACAAAUUAACAAGAGCUGGAAGACAAUUGAUGAUACAGGUAAAAUCUCUAGCAAAUUCCUGCCAGUCUACAAAGCAGAAACCCCAAUGGUGGCUUUCUUCAGGUUUGGUCCUGCAUCCUCAUCCAAGUCUCAGCUGAUGAACAGCCUGAUCAAUGAGAAACACAACACAUUCUUCCACAGGAACUGCCCAGGCAGCAGCAGAACCAGAGUGCUGAUGGACGGAGUGGUGGAGAUCGCCUGGUACUGUCCAUCUGGAGAGAAAACAGACAGAUUUACUCAUUGUGUUGCGUUCUGUAACCUCCAUGGUGAUGCAGGAGCCCAUGCAAAACAGCUGGGUAUCCUGACUGAAACGGCCUCUGUAAAUGUUGCUAUUUUACCACAACUUAACAAGAAUGACAAAAGCAUGACCAAGAUCCAAACCUUCUACAAGGACUCAAAGCCACUCAUCUGCCUUCUUACUGACAAUGAUUCGGCUCUGACAGAAAUGCGGAAAGGGAAAUACAAAAUUGGUUUGAAAGGCAGAAAUCAGUCAGUUGUAUUUGAAGAAAUCAGAAGAGCUAUAAAUAAUGGACUCUUGUCUACUGAAUCAUGUUCCUUCUUUAAGCUUGAAGAUGUGUCCAAAAACAACGAUGUCAGAGUGGAUGAGGUCAGUGAUGAUGACUGCAGGAAAGGAAAAGAAGCAGCACAGCAGAUGAUAAAUUUACUGAAGGAUAAAGAUCUGACUGAAAUCAAAGAAUCAUUCCUGCCAUGCCAGGGAAACCUGUGGCAUCAGUGGUGCCAGAAAAAUAAAGAACUUUAUCGACCUACAUUAGGAGAACUACAUAAGGGAAGCAACAUUGAAAAGAACAAAAGUUCCAAAAAAUCACAAAUGCAGAAAAUCCGUGAACUGCAGCAAACAUCUGACCUAAGUCAGUUUAUGAAAAUCUUUAUUCAAAAACUGAAUUCACCCCUAGGAAAUGAGGAGGCAUAUUUUCUGAAAUGGCUGGGCAUCCUGCUAGACAAUUACACUACUGAAAGUCUUUCAGCCCUUCAUCAUGAGUAUGAUGAAAAAUGGUCAACAGUCCUAAAUCUUAAAAAGAAACAUGAUAAAUCGAAGCAAAUGACAGAAGCACAAGACGAACUUGAGAAAGUAUCUGAGAAACUACAAGCUGCAACUUUUGGCUUGGAGCACAUACUGAGAGAGAUCGGUCAGAUACACGAAUCAUGUUCAUCAGUAAAGAAAAACAAAAAAGACCUGAAGUUUAACUUCUCCUCUCUUCCAAGUCUUGCAGCAGAGAUGAUGAUCUCUGGAUUUCCACUGGAGCUGAUGGAUGGUGAUGCUGCCCAUGUUCCUCUGAUCUGGGUUACUGCUGUUAUUGAUGCACUCAUCCAGAAACUGGGAGACAAGAAGGUCUAUGUGUUGUCAGUUUUAGGGAUUCAGAGCUCUGGGAAAUCCACCAUGCUGAACGCCAUGUUUGGACUGCAGUUUGCCGUCAGUGCUGGCAGAUGCACCAGAGGAGCUUUCAUGCAGCUGGUCAGAGUGUCGGAGGAGAUGAAAGCACAGCUGAAGUUUGACUACAUUCUAGUUGUUGAUACUGAGGGACUUCGUGCCCUAGAACUGGCUGGAAGGUCAACAAGAAAUCAUGACAAUGAAAUGGCCACAUUUGUGGUUGGUCUCGGAAAUAUGACAUUGAUCAACAUCUUUGGAGAAAACACAGCUGAGAUGCAGGACAUUCUUCAGAUUGUCGUUCAGGCCUUCAUGAGGAUGAAGAAGUUCAGACUGAAUCCAAGCUGCAUGUUUGUGCAUCAGAACGUUUCAGAUAUUACAGCUGGAGAGAAAAACAUGGAGGGAAGGAGACGACUGCAGGAGAAACUGGAUGAGAUGACGAAACUUGCCGCUAAAGAGGAAGAUUGUGAUACAGAGUUUUUCAGUGACAUCAUUGCAUUUGACGUUCAGAAUGAUGUGAAGUAUUUUGCACAGCUCUGGGAAGGCAGCCCACCAAUGGCACCACCAAACCCUGACUACAGCAGAAAUAUUCAGGAGCUGAAAGACACCAUUCUCUCAAAAGCUUCCAAAUCUAAUGGCAUUACACUGUCUCAGUUCAGAACGCGUAUUAAUGAUCUGUGGAGUGCACUGCUGAAUGAAAACUUUGUGUUCAGCUUCAAAAACACACUUGAGAUUGCGGUAUACAGAAAACUAGAAACUAAGUACAGCGACUGGACGUUUAGCCUCAGAAGUGCCAUGAUCGGCAUUGAAGACAAAUUCUACAACAGAAUUGCUAAUGGAAGCAUUAAGGUUCAGGAAAAUGACUUGUUGGCUGACAUGAGGAUGACAAAGGAGCAGGUAGAAAAAUCAAUCAUGUCUUACUUUGAGGAGGACAAAGACAAAGACAUUCUGUGUCAAUGGCGAGGAAGAUUUGAAACCAGAAUCAAAGAGCUUCAUGAUGACCUUGUGAAGGGAACAAAACGAAAGUUAGAUGAAGCGAUUGAACAGAAAAAAGCCAGGGAGCAGCUGGAUCAAAGAAGGACAGAGUAUGAAAACAAGCUUUUCAGUCGGAGCAAGGAGCUAGCUUUGAGCCUGAGAAAUACAGGAACAGAUGAACAUAUGCUUAAGAAGGAGUUUGACACAAUGUGGAGUAAAUGGGUCACUGAAAUGACCAAAGACAUACCUCCACUGGCAGACAUUAACUUUUGGGAAGAUGUGACACAGAUAUUAUCUGAAAUGAGCCAUGAACUGACUCUUGUAGAUGAGCGCUUAAAACAAAAAGUCUACAAACUGAUAGACCGCCGGAGUGAUUAUUGUGACUACAUGAUACUAAAGAAGCAUUUGGAGUGCUCUGAUGAAACGGCAUCUUCAGCGGAAGCUACCGAGAGCUCUAAGAAAAGCAAGUGUGGGAUGUUCGGUUGGUUUGGUCAAAAAAUUAUGUCAGGCAUAGGAUAUUUUAGAUGGACUCCAAAGCCACAAGAGAACAUGGGCCUAAAUGCUGAAUUUCAUUACUCAAUAAGGGAUCUGACUCUCAAAAUUAUUCAGGAAACUAAAAGGAUAAUGAAGAAGUCACCAGUUGGAACACGAGGCUACAAUGAGAGUUACAUUCAGGAAAUAACAGACUGUGUUAAAAAAUCAGUACAGAAACAUCAAUCCGUGAGCCAAAAAUACAUAUUGAAAAGGGAGUUUACCAUAGAUCUGAGUCUCCAUGUGUGUGAGAUUGCCAGACAGACUUUUACUGAACUCCACAAAGAAUUCAGAGAAACAAAUGACCCAAGACUUUAUCUUAAUAAGCAGAAAACUCAGUAUUGGAACAUCUUCAAGAACUACUACAAAGGAGCAACAACAACAACUAUACUGAGUGAAUUAAUUUGCAGCAAACUUGAACCAUCUAUUCUACAAGCAGUUUACAACAAAACUGCUAAUGAUUUGGCCACACAGAUGAGGUCUGACAUAAAAGCUUUACGUGAGAACAGACCCAAUCUGGAGAAACACAUUCUGAGAUCCCUUGCAGAAAAGGAGGACUUUGAGGAGUACAAAGAAUACAUUCAUAAUCCCACAGAACACUUCAAACAAUUCAUAAAGAACGAAGUGAAAAGUUACUUCACCAACCAAAAUGAAAUGAUUCUAAAUAUUUUCAAAGGAAAUCUAAAACAAAAGGAGCAGAUUGUAUGUAAUGCAAUGAAAGCCACAACAGUGAAGGUCAAGAGUCGGAAUGGAGAUGGUAGCAUGUGGUUUAGAUGCUUCACCACAGCCCUGACAGAUGAGCUGAAACUCAGAGAGAACUCAUGUGGUGAUCUUAGUGAAAUUAAAGACUUGGAUUUUCUUGAGACCUUUUUGAAUGACAGUCUAGAGGAGAGGAUGACAAACCUACAGAACAGUUUUAAAAAUAUUAAUGACAUACAAUUGGAGAAGUGCAGGAAAAGACCAGAUGAAAUUUUGAUUGAGCACUUCUGUCAGUGCUGUUGGGUUCAGUGUCCUUUCUGUAAAGCCAUCUGCACCAACACAAUGGAAGACCAUCCUGGAGAUCACUGCGUUCCUUUCCACCGUAAUAUUGGACUGAAUGGGUGGUUUUACAGAGGAACAACAAACCUGGCUAUUGAUAUCUGCACAACAGCAGUAUCGAGUGAUCGAUCCUUUUACCCAAAUUCCUCAGAUGAUAAAGUCCCCUGGAAAGAAUACAGAAGAGGAGGUCCUAAAUAUGCUAACUGGAGUAUCACGCCUGACAACUCUGAGCUGCCGUACUGGAAGUGGUUUGUGUGCAGAUUCCAGGAAGAUCUGGAAACGUACUACAGUAAGACAUUCCAGGGGUGUGGUGAGAUUCCAGAUGAAUGGAAACAAUACACAAAAAAGGAAGCUCUGGAGAGUUUGGAUAAAUACAUGUAAUGGGAAAUUAAACAAAUGGCACUCUUGUCAGCUCCCUGAUUAAAGAUUAUAUUUGUACAUCCUGUUUCACACAACACUGUUUCCGAACUGAUAUAUGCAGUACAUUGUGCUUUUAUGUGAUAGUUUUGUUAUAAACACUGCUGAGCUUUUCAUUUAGAUGCACUUUAGAUGCGUUGAUCAGUACUAUCAAAGUACAGGGAGACAAACAUGACUGUUAAAGCCAGUGGGAAAUGUUUCAUAAUUUACUCAGUCAAAAUUGUUGAUGUUCUUUUAUUUUUGUGACUUCUUUGAUUUUCUGUGACUUCUUAGAUUUUUUUGUGACUUUUUGUGACUUAUUAGAUCUUCUGAUCCAUGCUAGGAAAUUGGUGGAUGUGAUGAUGCAAUGUAAUGCUCUAGCACUGACUGAAAUACAACAGAUACAUUUGACUGUGAUGUACAAUCUAAAUUUGAUUUACUGUUUUUGUUGUUGUUUUAUAAUGUUGUAGUAUCUUAUAUCUACUCUGGAUGAAAACCAAGAGUCAACAUGUAAAAAAAAAAAAAAAAACCCCAACCACAUCGUUUUGCUUACCAGAGAUGAAAAUGCACCAUAAUUGUUAACCACUUUAAUCUUUAGAAAGCUUUUAUAGUACCUACAUAAUAGAAUAUUUUUGAUUUGUACAUGGUUAUCACAGACAUAUUGUAGUUCUAGGUUUUAUUAAACUGUGUGAUGAUUUAAAUUCUGAAUAAA